AAGGGACCUCCAAAUUUCCAAAACCUCUUUUGCGUCGCGGGAAUUGAAAGUGCUGCAGACGUUGCGAAAACUUGACGAAACAGUCACUUUUGCCAGUGGGAGAGCAUCACAGGAGUCCUCUGACAGGUAUAUUUCAGGAGAGCCUCCCAGGAGAGCCAGGAGAGCCCCUUAGUAGAAUCGUAGAUGCCAUCAUUGUCGCCAGUUUCAUAAUGACGCCGGAGUCAUGGCCGCCUCGCUCCCGCCAACCACCAUCACUCUUUCGCCGCCAUCGCCGCCCGCUCUCCCACCUUGUCCUCCCCCUAGUAGUAGGGCUAUUGCUACAACUAGAAGUGCUUUCAUCGGUUUCCUUGGGAUCAGGGCACUCGUGCGACUCAGGGUCACACAAGCCGCCGUCGCGCAUCUCGCAUGGGCCGUCUCGCGUAUCGCACUGGUCGCACGGGUCGCACGUGUCGCAGGAGUCGCACGCGUCGCGCAACGUCGCCUCCAGUCCAACUCAGCGGCGUCGCACGAGUCUCCUCGAGGCCGCUCCUUCGCGCCCACCCGCCAGGCCCAUCCUCGAUCCCUCGCAGCUGCGUGCGCUGCUGGACCUCAACGCCGCCUGGCACCUCUGGCCCACCAACUCCAACCGCGCACGCCGCUGCGACCAGUGGGACCACGUGCUGUGCACCCAGCAGGGCUUCAUUCUAUCCAUUGACGUGUCUGGAGUUGGCAUUACCAAAGGCAGGAUGCCUCCCACCCUCUUCUCUCGCAUGCCUUACCUCAGAGACCUUGUGGUGGCAGAGAACUUUGAGCUCCACGGCUCCAUCACUCACCUCGCUCUGCCCCCCUCCAUGCGCAUGCUGGACAUCUCUUUCACACCGCUGUCUGGCUCUCUGCCAUCCUCGAUCCUCUCUCUCACAGCUCUCGUGCACCUAGACAUAUCGUAUUCUUCUCUUUCUGGCGACCUGCCUCCUGCUCUCAGCAGUCUCAUUCACCUCACAUACCUCAACAUCGGUGCACAGAACAUCACUGGGCGAGUGGAGGAUCUCUUGUGGAUUUCAAGCCUCACCAACCUGCAUACACUUUCUCUCGCCGGCAUGUACAACGUGGUUGGGGAUUUCUCAGCCCUCACCUUCCUCACCGCUCUCAAAGCCAUGCAGAGGCUCUCCAUCACGCAUUUGUUCUGGACCGGAGAGCUACCUGUGCUGCUCGGCACCCUCACCACCCUCACUUAUUUGGACUUGAGCUCGCUGCAAACUGCCCAGUUCCCUCGGUGGGCGAUGGACUUGACGGCUCUGCGACACCUUGAUGCCGGCCAUUGGAACGAUCUGCGCUCUGGAGUCGUGCCACAGGACCUCUCCCGCCUCAAUCGGCUGGAGCACUUUGAUGCAUCUGGCAACGGGCUGGUUGGGACUCUCCCAGAGUACUGGACGUCAUUGGAGCACCUUACAUUCUUAUCCCUUUCACACAACAGCGUCCAAGGCUCCAUUCCGUCAACGUUCUCUGCCCUCACGACUCUGAGCACACUGAUGUUGGAUUGGAACAGCAUGGACGGCACCAUCCCACGAGUCUUCCCCACCUCCCUCAACAGCCUUGUUCUGACAGCAAAUCACUUCUCCGGCUUUAUCCCACCCUUCCUCGGCACACUCUCUGGCCUCACAAACUUGGACCUCUCUACCAACAGCUUCACAGGGGCUGUGCCGAACUCCCUCACAAACCUCGUCAAUCUGAUGUUCUUGAAUAUUUCGACCAACCAGCUAAGCUCGGGUCUUGACGUGAUUGGCAAGAUGCCGUGGCUUAUAAGAUUGGAUGCAUCUUACAACAAUUUCACAGAUGGUUAUUCAAGCUUCUCUUCCCUUGCUUUGCUCAACAGUGUUUUUCUUCAAGGCAACAAUUUCCAAGGGCCAUUCCCCACUGUUCUGCUGAAGCUCACCAACCUUUACGAAAUAGACCUAAGCCAAAAUAAUUUCCACGGGACCAUUCCCAGUGACAUAACAAAAAUGGCAAACCUCCUAACUUUAACACUGGGCCACAACAACUUCCAUGGAGUGAUUCCUUCAUCGUUGCUUUCACUUCCUUUAGAUCAACUGUAUCUGGAACACAACCAUCUAACUGGAAGCUUGCCAAGUUUUACAUCCACCAAUCUCGACAUCUUGAACCUUCAAGGCAAUGAGCUCUCAGGCUCUCUCCCUGAUUUUUCCCACUGGAAGGCUCCUUUGAAAAAUUUGCUCCUAGGAGACAACAACUUCACAGGGACCAUUGUAGAGUCCGUCAGCGCUCUCACUUCUCUAGGCGCCUUCUCGUUGCGCGGCAAUCAGCUCUCAGGUUCCAUCCCAACGGCUCUGCUGACCUUGACCAACCUUGAAUCCAUGGACCUUGCUUCCAACAACAUUUCAGGAUUGUUACCCUCUGGCCUAGGUGCCCUCUUCAACCUCCAUACCUUGUCUGUGUAUGACAACCAGCUCACGGGCAUGCUCCCUGCUUCCAUAUGCGACCUCACCAACUUGCAGACCAUGUUUCUCCAUAACAACUACUUCUACGGAAGGUUUCCGGCCUGCCUCUAUGAGAGUUGCCUACACCGAAUUGACAUCAGCAACAACAGCUUCUAUGGCCCCAUCAACAUCAACUUCCGCAGCAUGAUUCCCAACAACAACGCUCUGCUCAACAUUGCAGGCAACUACUUCUACGGCGACCCCAUGCUCUACGCCGAUGGCUGCCAGUUCUGCCCCUCUAACAUCACGCAGUCUCACGUCUUGGGCAUAUCUGAGCUCAACUAUCCUGGGGGGAGUCGCUGUGGACUCCGUUUCAUGCAAGGUUUUAUAACUGAAAUAACUUCAAUUACCAACAAGCGAGGCGAGGCAAGCCUCCGCCAGAACUGCUUCACACUGAAGCGGGAGUUGGAAUGCACGACGAAUGAAACCCAGCGGACGAAUGACGCAUGCCUGGCAUUCUGCAGCAUGUCGCGGGAGCUGGGGCCGUGCGACGGGCAUGGAGCGUGUGUGCCACCGCAGGCGGGGGCAGCAGGGGCGGGGUUCAGGUGUGAGUGUGACCACGGAUACGUCACUGCCAAUGGCUCCCUCGGCUCCACCUGCGCCCGCCCUUCUCCAUCCCCCCCAGCAGCGCUCUCCACAGGUGCAGUGGUGGGCAUCGCUGUGGGCUCUGCUGCCGCCUUUGCUCUCCUCCUCGCCCUCGUUGUGGCGCUGCUCUGGCCCAAGCAACGCAGGAGGUGGAGCGGCCUGGACGUGUGUCAGGAGUUCAGCAUUGGCGAGAUUCUGCGGGCAACGGACAACUGGGCGAGCGGCAAUGUGGUGGGGAAGGGCGGCUUUGCCACGGUGUACAAGGGGGUGUCCAGCAAGGGCGAGCUGUGGGCCGUCAAGCGCAGCAAGCUCAUGUCAAACGACUUCGAGACCGAGGUGCGAGCGAUGGCGUCGCUGCGGCAUGAGAAUGUGGUGCGGCUGCUGGGCUUCUGCCUGCAUCAGAACAUGGAGAGCAGCCAGCAGGAGCAGAUCCUCGUGUACGAGUUUGUGGGCAACGGGGACCUCAAGUACCACAUCCAUGACUCCAAAGCCCCCCUGUCCCUGCAGCAGCGGGUGCAGCUGGCGGUGGGUGCAGCGGAGGGAGUGGCCUAUUUGCACAGCUUCGCGACACCCAUCGUGCACCGCGACCUCAAGCCUGGCAACAUCCUCGUGGGGGAGCACAACCAGGCCAAGAUUGCCGACUUUGGGCUGCUCAAGCUGCUCAGCCAUGCAGACGGCGGCCAUGACCGCACUCGAGUGGCUGGCACCCCGGGCUACCUGGACCCUGAUUACAACCGAACCCAAAUCGUCUCGGAAAAGAGCGACGUCUACAGCUUUGGCGUGGUGCUGCUUGAACUGCUGACAAAGCAAAAGCCGGCAGUGGAGGGCACAGACAGCCAUAUCAGCGACUGGGCCGCUAAGAAGGUGCAGGGGUACGAGCUGGGCGCGCUGAAGGACGCGAGUCUGGAGGCGCCGGACGAGGCGGUGGUGGAGCUGGCAGACAUCGCUCUCGACUGCCUCAAGAUGCCCGCCUCCCGCCGCCCCCACAUGAAGGGCGUCGCGCGCCGCCUGCACCGCCUCCUCCAGCUCCACUGCGCCGCCCACGGCAACUCCUCCAUGGAGGAAUCUAGCCUACACAUGGAGGGGAGGGCCAUGGGUGGCGAGGGAAACAGCUCGGACAUGUUUGGGAAGAGCGAGUGGUCCGAGGGACAUAGUGGGGCAUUGCUUGCUUCCAGGAGCCUCGUGCAUUCGCUAUCGGAGAAGUGGCGGAUGAUACAGUAGGAGAUGACGUAGGACUUACCAUCUGAAAGUCAAACAAGGAAUUUGGCUAGAAUUAGAGCAUACUCUUGCGGCUGGGUUUGUUUUUUCCAAGGGUAACUACUGUCAACUUAUAUACAUGUUAGGCAUGUAGAAAUUAUAGGCUAGUAUCGGUGUGUGCUCCUAGUGAGUACAACCCUACUGCUAUAUGUUUCCUGUUCUCCCUUCUAGUCAAUCAUCAA